CAGUGCUCAGAUAUUUCCAAUCCACAUCCGACGUGUCGCGAAGUCACAAAGCCAAAUAAUAAAUGCUUGCAAAUUAGUGACAAUUAACCAAGUUCCGAGAUUGUGGAAACAGUUUUCAGUGAAUAAUCAAGGGCAUGCGGAGGGCUGCGAAAGCAUUUGUAAAAAUAUUGAUCUGAGAACAAUUGCAUAAACACUGAGUGCGAUUAAAAACCCUGUAAAACGAUGAUCUGCUGCUGGGGUUUCGCCAAUUCUAGGGCUUUAAUUUUUAUUCCAGGCAAUUAGGUUUCGUUUUCAUCGGCGCUUUCAGCUGGUUACCACGCCGAUGUGAACCGCUCUUGGUUUCGAUUUGGUGUAAGCUGGGCCUCAUAGUUGGGCCUCAUAGUUUGAUUAUUAGUUUUUGCUCGUUUUCGAGGCAUUUUCACUGCUCAGCCAGUUGUGAAGAGUGCAUCAACCGUAUGCUCGCUCAUACGUGCGUUAGAUAAUUGUUUUCUCGGCUAAUUCGGAACGGCAGCAGCAGAAUGCAUCAAAACCGAGGAGUUACUGAAACCGAAACUCCAUUUUGUUUCCAUGGAUGCUGGCAGCCAGCUUUCUUGGCCAUCAGUGCGAUUCGUUUGGGCUGCCGAGCUGUGGAGCGUUCGUGCUGAAAGAGUUUUUGGUCCUGCAGACGCCACUCCAUAAGUCCUGGCGACCGAUAACCGAAGUAUCAACUAUGGACUAUCCCAAGACUUUGAACGCUCCCCAAGAUCUGGAAGACAUAAACAGCGAUGGCAUGGACAAUCUGGAUCUGUUGAUGCAGGGAGCCCUCGACGACAGCAUCCAGCUGGGUCACAAUGCCCACCUGUCCGCCGGAGGAGGAGGGGGAGGCGGAGCAGUCCACUCCCACAUGGGCUCGCCGCACACACCGCCCAUGAACGGCCUCGAUGCCCAGCUGGGUGGCUCCGGGCGUGUGGGCAGCGCGCCGGUGGCGACGCAGGCGCAGAGCCACGUGCACCCGCAGCUGCCGGAGAGUCCGCCGGACUCGCAGCCCGCCUACAGUCCGCUGGGCGAGGCACACGGAAUGGCGAUGCCGGGUCGGGAGCUCAUCUACCCGGGGCUGCCGCCCAUGCAGCACCAGCCGGGCCUCCUGCAAACGGACCUGGGCCAGUACGCCUCGCCUCCGCAGCACCAGCAGCACCACUUCGCGGCCCCGCAGGCCGACGUGCGGAUCAAGCACGAGUCCGGACUGAUCAUGAGUCCGAAUAACUUGCUGUGCCACCAGCAGCAGCAGCAGCAACAGCAACAGCAACAGCAGCAGCAGCAGAUGCACCAGCAGCACCAGCUGAGCGAGCAGCAGUUCGCCACACAUCCCCACCAGCAGCAGCUCCAGGAGCAGGACCAGAUGCUCUACUACGACAGCGGAGUAGGGGCGGGGAUGUAUGCAGCCGGCAGCUACCAGAACCUGUCCACCUGCACCCUGACCUCCGCCCUGGGACUGGACGACCGUGUCCAGGUGAUCGGGACCAGCCAGCUGUCCCUCAACCGCGUCUCCGCUCCCUCCACUCCGGUGCACUCGUUGUCGCGGAAGCGGAAGAUGUCCACCCAGCUGGACUGCCCGGACUUCGCCCCCACUCCCAAGGUGGACGCGGGCCUGCAGAUGAGUCCCCUGCGCGCCUCCCACCACUCCUUGGCCACGCCCACCCCGGCGCCCUCCCACUGCUCCGCCUCCGUGUCGCCAGCCCUGUCCGCCGUGAAUUCGCAGGCGGAGAACAGCCUGGACGGGCAGUCCGGCGGAGUGGCGAACGGAGCGGCAUCCGGAACGGGUUCGGGAUCGGGAUCGGGUUCGGGGUCCGGAAGCGAGGCGGGCGACCCGGCGGGCGGGCAGUGCAUCCGGUUCAACGGAUUCCAGCCGGAGAACUGGCAUAAGCUGUUCGACCAGAGCCUGCAGGAGCUGUCCGUGAUCUACUACCGCGUGGACGCCGACAAGGGAUUCAACUUCAGCGUCUCGGACGACGCGUACGUGUGCCAGAAGAAGAACCACUUCCAGGUUACUUGCCAUGCGCGCCUCCAGGGCGAUGCCAAAUUCGUGAAGACACCGUCCGGCUUCGAGAAAAUCAAAUCCUUCCACUUGCAUUUCUACGGCGUCAAGUUCGAGGCGCCCAACCAGACGAUCCGCGUCGAGCAGAGCCAGUCGGAUCGCUCCAAGAAGGCCUUCUACCCAGUACCCAUCGAUCUCCAGAAGCACAUCGUCAGCAAGAUCACCGUGGGUCGCCUGCACUUCUCGGAGACGACGAACAACAACAUGCGUAAGAAGGGCCGCCCCAAUCCCGAGCAGCGCUUCUUCCAGCUGGUGGUCGGCCUCCACGUGCACACCAUCUCGGGCAACUUCCCGGUGGUGAGCCACGGCAGCGAGAAGAUCAUCGUGCGCGCCUCGAACCCGGGCCAGUUCGAGUCGGACGUGGACCUGUGCUGGCAGCGCGGGCUCACCCAGGAGUCCGUGUUCCACGCAGGCCGCGUGGGCAUCAACACGGACCGGCCGGACGAGAGCCUGGUAGUGCAUGGCAACCUCAAGGUGUCCGGCCACAUCGUCCAGCCGAGCGACAGUCGCGCCAAGCAGGAGAUCGGCGAGCUGGACACCUCGGUGCAGCUGCGCAACCUGCAGAAGAUCCGGAUCGUGCGGUACCGCUACAUGCCCGAGUUCGCCGUGCACUCGGGUCUCCGGCGGGAGAGCGACACCCGGGAGAUCGAGGACACCGGCGUGAUUGCGCAGGAGGUGCGCGAGGUCAUCCCGGACGCGGUGCAAGAGGCUGGCAGCGUGGUGCUGCCCAACGGGAACGUCAUCGAGAACUUCCUACUGGUCAACAAGGACCGCAUCCUGAUGGAGAACAUCGGAGCCGUCAAGGAGCUGUGCAAGGUGACCUACUCGCUGGAGUCCCGCAUCGAGCACCUGGAGCGGGCCAAUGUCACCCAGAACAGCCUCCAACUCCGUGCCAAGGACCUGCUGGAGCCGCGCUGCAUCCUUCCGGAGCGCGCUGCCAUCCAAUCCUUCGGCAGCCGCAAGGACGGGUACGAGGUCUGCUCCAGUCGAUCGCUGCAGAUCGUCAUUUUCCUGCUGAUCAUCGUUAUGGCAGCCUGCCUGGCGGCGGUGUCCACGCUGUACUUCGUAGAGCACAACAAACAGCAGCAGAUGGACGGCUACCCGGUUUUCGGCAACGGACUUUUCCGGCCGGAGACGGGGUCCACUCACCUGAGCGACGAGGAGCGGCACUACUUACACAACCUGCACACGCUGUUCAAAAACAAGACGCACGGCCCGUGGUCGUCAGGCAGGAUGUACGCAACCAGCACCAGCCGACCCCCCGGAUCCCGUUCUGGAAAUGAGGAGGAGGCGGAGGAGCUGGCGGCGGUGCUGACCAAGCCGCAGGUGUCCAGCAGCCAGCAGCAGCAGCAGAGCCUCAAGCAUGGCGUCAUCACGACGACAGCUCCGCGGUUUGCCAACAAGACCAUCAACAGCAAGAAGGGCAAGUGGCCGCCCACCCAGGAGGUACUGCGUCAGGCGGCGGGUCAGAAGUUGCAUCUCACGGCGCCGGUCCACGUGGCUCCGCCCGCUCCCGCGAGGAGUCUUCCUCCGGCUUCCCUGAACGACACAAUAGCAUCAACGGAGAAGCCGUCCCAGGCCAUUCCCCUGCCGCAGGACUUCGAGAACAACUCGAUCGACAUCGAUGCCCAGCAGAAACAGUCGCAGCUGAAGCUGGACGAGCACAUCGUGGUGGUUGGCACGAUCGCCAGCCCCGCCUCCGAUGCCUACGACUCCAGUGCCCCGGCCCCCGCCCAUCCCAUCCGGAAGUUCAACCCCGGAACGGUUUACACACAUGUCUACAAGACGGUGUCGCCUCCCACGGCGAACUUGGCCCUGACCACUAACAAGGUGAGCACCGAGCCCGCCCAGAGUCCGCUGACCCAGGCCCUGGACGUUCCGCCGCCGGCUAUUCCGCUGCGGAACAGCAGCGACAACCCGGACGCCCUGGACCUGCAGAACCUGAGCAACACAAACGAGUCCGUGGACAACCCGAUUACCGGGGUUUAUGGCUUUGAGUACCAGGCCUCUGGACUGAGGGAGUCCAAUGUGGGAAGGCGGUCGGCCAGCCAACGGAGUCUGGACUGGAUUAGACAGAAGAGCGUGAAAACGGCGGUCUUUGGACAGCCAGCCGAAUGCAACGGCGACGAGUCGGUCAGCGAUAAUUGUCAGUCCGUUUGCUUCGAGGAGCUUCCUCCGAUUCAGACUCAGCCAGACAAUGUGGACGCCAAUGUGAAGGAGCAGCACGUGGAAGAUGAUCUCCAGUCGGCCGAGGAGCAGGAUCAAGAUCCGGACAUUGUUGAGACGCAGCCCGCUGGGCCAGCUGGCAACGACACUUUGGCCGAGGCCCAGCCAGGAAUACAGGGCAAGAGUUCUCAUAGCACCGAUGCCCUGUCGAAGAAGUUUUCCCAGGAGACGGAGCCGGUGGUCGCAGCCAAUGACGAUCCGGUGUACCAGCUGGUGCAGGCCGCCUCUGUUCAGAAUGAGGCCCCGAAGGAUGAGAAUGUGCUGCCGCCUUUCCAGCUGGACUGCUGGAGUGUGUCUAGUUGCGUCCUGGCCGCCCAGUACAAUCGCACCAUUGACAUGGAGCAAUUCUGUCCCACUUCGGGCACCUCCCUCAACGUCAGCUACACAGUUCCGGUGUCGCGUUAUCUGCAGGCCAGCAGUCUGGAGCUCCACCUGAGCUCAAACAAACCGCUUCAGUGGUCCAUCUGUAUCGACGAGGACCAGGCCAAGCCCAGUGCCAACGCCCAGCUGAAUGAGGACGACGAGGCCACAGCCACCAGCGGCGUGAAGAUCCUCAAGCAACUGGGCAAGAACAAACUUAGCCUGGCCCUCGAUCUGCCCGCCCGCGGCUUCUUCCUGCGGGACUUCAUGCUCCGCGCCAGCCACGACUUGGAGCAGCAAAAACUUUGCGAUGAUAACGCUCACCUGGCGAACCCCAUACUCCAGUACAACUUUAGGAUCGUAAGAGAUUGUGAUUAGUUUACAGCUUAAUUUAUGGCACGGAUCGUGUGUACUGCAUGUUUGUCCUGGCACCCAACACGGAAAAUUCGUUUAAAUUAGGAAAAUGAAGAGAUGAAUAAAAAAAAAACUGUUGAUCAGCGCGUGGAAUAUGAAAUGAAUACAUUUAUACGUUAAGAAACCAAUUCAUUAAUAAAUACAAAACAAUUACCGACCAUUUAAAUAAAAUAUGUAGCGAAAUCUUUUAAAACAA